AUGGGGAAAGCGGCCGCUCCGAGCCGAGGCGCCGGCUGCGGCGGCCGCUCCCGCGGACUCUCGUCGCUGUUCACCGUCGUCCCCUGCCUGUCCUGCCACACGGCGGCGCCGGCCAUGAGCGUUCCCACGUCCGGCUCCGGACCGGAGCCCAAGCCUGAGCCCCAGCCGGUGUGGGCACCGCAGCCCGAGCAGGUGCGAGAGCCAGUUUCCGAGUCGGUGCCCAGCUCGAAGCCCGGGCACCGACCGAGGCCUGCGCCGGGGCUGGCGGCUGGGCAGGGGUCCGAGCCGCCGGGGACGCGGCCGGGGUCCGAGCUGAGCCCGAGGCUAGGGGCCAGCGGGGCUGUCAGCAAGGCCCCGGAGCAGAUGUCCCCGCCGAGGUCAGGAGUGGGGACGGCGCCCGUGCCUCUCCCCGAGCCCGGGUCGGUGACAAAACCCCUGACACCAGGACAGGUGAAGACUCCGCUUGGGGUUCCAGGGCUGGGGUCUGGCAGCGUCCCAAUGGCCUCGCCGCCCCUCGACAGCUACAAGGGCUGGCUCCUCAAGUGGACCAACUACCUGAAGGGCUACCAGCGCCGCUGGUUCGUGCUCGGCAAUGGCCUGCUGUCCUACUACAGGAACCAGGGGGAAAUGGCCCACACCUGCCGCGGCACCAUCAACCUGGCCACCACACAGAUCGACACGGAGGACUCCUGUGGGAUCUUGCUGGUCAGUGGAGCGAGGAACUACCACCUGAAGGCCAGCUCGGAGGUGGACCGGCAGCAGUGGAUCACCACCCUGGAGCUGGCCAAGGCCAAGGCAGUUCGCAUGAUGAAGGCACAUUCAGAUGACUCUGGGGACGACGACGAAGAGCCUGCCUCCCCAGCUGACAAAAGUGAACUCCACCACACCCUUAAAAACCUCUCCUUGAAGUUAGAUGACCUCAGCACGUGCAAUGACCUCAUCGCUAAGCAUGGCGCGGCGCUCCAGCGCUCCCUGAAUGAGCUGGACAGCUUGAAGAUCCCAUCGGACAGCAGUGAGAAACUGAAGGUGGUGAACGAGCGGGCCACCCUCUUCCGCAUCACGUCGAAUGCUAUGAUCAACGCCUGCAGGGACUUCCUGGAACUAGCGGAGACACACAGCCGGAAAUGGCAGCGGGCCCUGCAGUAUGAGCAGGAGCAGCGGGUCCACCUGGAGGAGACCAUCGAGCAGCUGGCCAAGCAGCACAACAGCCUCGAGCGAGCCUUCCGCAGUGCGCCCGGCCGUACCACUGACCCUAGUCAGAGCUUCAGCCAGGGAAGCCUCUUGACCACUAAAGGAGAGGACAGCGAGGAAGAUGAAGAUACCGAGUACUUCGACGCCAUGGAAGACUCCACAUCCUUCAUCACUGUGAUCACAGAGUCCAAGGAAGACAGAAAAACCGAGGAGGGACCUGUGUCGGGCUCCGUGGACUGGACCUCAGCAGACAAUGUGUUGGACAGUGCCUCGAUUGGAACCAAGGGUUCAUCCAAAGUUAAGAGGCGCGCCCGCAUCCCCGACAAGCCCAACUACAGCCUUAACCUCUGGAGCAUCAUGAAGAACUGCAUCGGCCGCGAGCUCUCCAGGAUCCCCAUGCCGGUGAACUUCAAUGAGCCCCUGUCCAUGCUCCAGCGGCUGACGGAGGACCUGGAGUACCACCACCUGCUGGACAAGGCGGUGCACUGCGCCAGCUCAGUGGAGCAGAUGUGCCUGGUGGCCGCCUUCUCUGUGUCCUCCUACUCCACCACCGUGCACCGCAUCGCCAAGCCCUUCAACCCCAUGUUGGGGGAGACCUUCGAGCUGGACCGCCUCGAGGACAUGGGCCUGCGCUCCCUCUGCGAGCAGGUGAGCCACCACCCUCCCUCAGCGGCCCAUUACGUGUUCUCCAAGAACGGCUGGAGCCUUUGGCAGGAGAUCACCAUCGCCAGCAAGUUCCGGGGCAAAUACAUCUCCAUCAUGCCACUGGGCUCCAUCCACCUAGAAUUCCAGGAGAGUGGGAAUCACUAUGUAUGGAGGAAGAGCACCUCGACUGUCCACAACAUCAUUGUGGGCAAGCUCUGGAUCGACCAGUCAGGGGACAUCGAGAUUGUGAACCAUAAGACCAAAGACCGGUGCCAGAUGAAGUUCGUGCCCUACAGCUACUUCUCCAAAGAGGCUGCUCGCAAGGUGACCGGGGUGGUGAGUGACAGCCAGGGCAAGGCCCACUACGUGCUGUCGGGCUCGUGGGAUGAGCAGAUGGAAUGCGCCAAGGUCGUGCACAGCAGCGCCAGCAGCCCCAGCUCCGACGGCAAGCAGAAGACGGUGUACCAGACCCUGCCGGCCAAGCUGCUGUGGAAGAAGUACCCGCUGCCGGAGAACGCGGAGAACAUGUACUACUUCUCGGAGCUAGCGCUGACCCUCAACGAGCAGGAGGAGGGCGUGGCGCCCACCGACAGCCGCCUGCGGCCCGACCAGCGGCUGAUGGAGAAGGGGCGCUGGGACGAAGCCAACACGGAGAAGCAGCGGCUGGAGGAGAAGCAGCGCCUGUCCCGCCGCCGCCGGAUGGAGACCUGCGCCGCGGGCUGCGCCACGGAGGAAGCAGAGAAGGAGUGUGACAGCUACAUGCCCCUGUGGUUCGAGAAGAGGCUGGACCCGCUGACCGGGGAGACGGCCUGCGUGUACAAGGGCGGCUACUGGGAGGCCAAGGAGAGGCAAGACUGGCACAUGUGCCCCAACAUCUUCUGAGCACCCCCUGCGGCACAUCAGGGAGUCUGCACAGCCAGCACCCCCCCCCCUUUCUUUAAUGCACUCAAUUUAAUACUGAAUGGCCCUCCCCACCCAUAUUUAUUUCCUUUCCUCUUUUUUUUUUUUGCCCCUUUUCUCUUAUUCCUACCAUGAAACUUUUGGGGGGCUCCCCCUCUUCAAUCAGAAGGGAGAAGGGCUGACCUGGGUUCUCUUCAGUUCCCAGGUGCGCCAGGUCACCCGUGCCCCUUCAACCAUGGGCUGGGGCCCCACGGACACCCCAGUUCCCACAACUCAGGCCGGCUGGCCCUGGCCAGGGGUUGCCCGGGUCCCCAGCCCGCAAUGCAGGGAGGACCGGCCCCUCCUAGGGAGCCUCUUUUGACUUUUUUUAAGAAAAAAAAAAUUCCAUUUCUUUUCCAGCCAUGAGGUUUAGUAAUAUUUUUAGUACAGCACUUAGUACUAGCUUUCCAAGUGUGCUGCCUUGCCAUCCAUCGCCCUGGCAAGAACCUCCCUCUCCCCGCACCCCUUUUCUAAAGACAUCUGAAAAGCCAGACCCUUGAGUUGGGAGCACUUUGUAGCUCAGCACUGCAAGGCCCCGCCCAGCCCCCUCCCCAAAAGCCUGGAGCCCACACACACCCAGAGCAGAGGGGUGCAGAUGGGGGACUGCGGAGGGUGCUGGUAGCACCCUAGCCCGGAGAGGCCCGGAAAGCUGGAAGGCAGGGCCUGCAGGUGCUCCCCGCCCAAGAACAGGGCCCCAAAUCAGCAAUAAGGAACCAACCCUCCACUCCACCUGGGCUGGCCACCCGGGCCCAGGCCCCCCCCCCCGCCUCGCCUGGUCCUCAGGCAGAAUCGGGGUGCUCCAGCUCAAUGGCCCCCCUCCCCCAACUCCUUAUUUGCCUAAUUUAUAUAUGAUAUAUAAAUAUAUAUAAAAUAGCUAUUUUGCUUAAAUUUCUACAAUAUGUAAAAGUGAAAAAUGAUGAAGACAGCAUUUCCUGUCUGAGUUUUGCCUCCUGUCCGCUGUGCUCUGCCCUCUCCUGCUCCUUUCUGCCAGCCUGGGGGGGGGGCGGAACUAGACCGUGGUGGCCACAUCCCAGCCCCCCUAACUUUCCCACUUCAGUUUGGUCCUGAAAUUCAUCGUGAGCUUUGCUUUCUACUCCAGGACUGGGAUUUCUUUUUUAUUAAAACAAAACACAAAAGUGAAAACACCAAUGUAUGAAAUGCCUUACGAUGCCACUCUGGGGGGGUAGGGGGAAGGGGGUGUCCAUCUGGCUCCCCUCAGAGCUGUGGAGUGCACCUCUUUCCCCAACACUGUGUGUGAGUGAGCACCUUCUGACUGUAAUAAAAGUUAAA